CUUUCCCAUGGUAUCCGUGCCAACGGCCUCACCACGACGUUUCGAAAUCUUCUCCGCAAUGCCAAGGGCCGUAGAUUGAAGCCUCUAUUGCACAGGAGUAUGCGGACUUGUCUGGAAUCCGGACCGCAAAGUCAUGCAACCGCCGGCGAGAGCUGUAUAAAGACGGUGGGCGCUGCAGCAAGAAUGAGAACCAUCAACACACGCCGGCCGCUCAUUCACUACCCAACUUCACACUUUUUUAACUCUCUUUAACAAUUCGAAUCGAUCUGUGAUCAUUCUUUCCACCAUAACAACCAUCAACAUGUUCGCCAAGGUUUUCGUUCCCCUUCUCGCUGCUUCCAGCAUCGCCGCGGCUGCCACCAGCAAGCCCCGCACCGCCACCUUUGGCAAGAACCUCGUCCGCCGUGCGGACUUCCCCAUCCCGGACUCCACCGGCAACGAGACCUUCGAUGAGGCCAAGGAGAUUGACGGCGAGUUCGACGGCGAGUACAAGACCUUCGGCCGUGGCGUCAGCUGCACUGGCCAGGACGAGGGUGGCGACUCUGACGCCGUCUUCAUCCUCAAGGAUGGUGCCACCCUGAAGAACGCCAUCAUCGGCUCCGACCAGAUCGAGGGUGUCCACUGCGAGGGCAGCUGCACCAUCGAGAACGUCUGGUGGGAGGCCGUCUGCGAGGACGCUCUCUCGCUCAAGGGUGACGGUGACGCGACCAUCACUGGCGGCGGUGCCACUGGCGCCGACGACAAGGUCAUCCAGCACAACGGUGCCGGCUCUGUCACCAUCGACGGCUUCACCGUCACCGAGUUCGGCAAGCUGUACCGCAGCUGCGGCAACUGCGACCAGAACGGCGACGCGCGCACCGUCACCAUCAAGAACGUCAAGGCCACGAACGGCAAGUCGCUCGUCGGCAUCAACUCCAACUACGGCGACACUGCCACCCUCUCCGACACCUGCGCUACCUCCGUCAAGGAGAUCUGCGUCGAGUACGAGGGCACAAACGACAACGACAAGGAGCCCGAGGAGGUCAGCUCCGGCCCCUCCGACGCCUGCAUCUACACCGACCCCCUCCCCGAGUGCUAGACGCCUCGUGGCAAUGGGCCUGCGCGCCGCUGAAGGGAUUUCAGCCGCCAUGGCGCUGUUGUGGUGGUGGACACUUCUCUGGGCGACUGCACCUUUU